AUGGGUCUCUGCGACAUGUGCACCACCAUUCCAAUGCUCAAGCUUCCAUCUGAGCUGAAGCCUGGAUUGCCUCACCAGCUCUGGAGGAAUCGGCCGCCGAAUGUCCACUCUGUCAAGUCAUCUGGGUGGCCUCCGGAUAUCUCGCGGGCAUCCUCAAGGGCGGCAAAGACGGCAAACUCCGGGUACUGGGACGAAGGGGGGUCCAUCCGUCUUGUGGACGAUGGCUACAAUGGACCGAUUUUCGUCAAUCCUAGGGAGGCAUUUGAGGAUACGAAAGGCGUCCGGCCAUGGCUCUUUGGUAACUGGUGGAGUUUGUAUGAGGAUGAGAAAGAUUUGCGACUGAUUGGGCUUGGCGUACGCCUGGGAACUGGCCCAGACAUCAAACAAGGGUUCGGCAAUACCGACGGGAAGCACGUCUAUCUUCAUGGCUCGUACUUUCGGUUCCGGACUAAUGAUGAUAACCCUUUUGCUUCCGUCAUUCCUGGAAGAUAUACCACACCGGCUUCCCACGAACUGUCAGUUAUAAAGGUCCAGAAGUGGCUUAAGGAGUGCAACGGUCAUCCUACCUGCCGAGCCAUGGCCGAGCGAACUACGCCUCUCCCAACACGUUUGCUCGAUCUGAGUGAGGACCCAAACGCUCAGGUGGUCUCGCUACUAGAGACAGGAGGUCGUGCGGGGAAGUACAUUGCUCUGAGCCACUGCUGGGGCCUUUCCCAUCGACUCACGACUACCAAGAGCACACUUUCGGCCCAUAUCAACGGGAUCAGCAUUUCAGCACUGCCAAGGACGUUUCAGGACGCUAUCCAACUCGCCCGCCGGCUCGACGUUCGGUUUGUUUGGAUAGACUCUCUCUGCGUCGUUCAAGAUGAUGCUAAGGAUUGGGAGCGCGAGUCAGCAAAAAUGGGGGACGUGUAUUCCUACGCUUACCUGACAAUUGCAGCAGCGGCCUCCACCGACGACUCCACAGGCUGCUUCCCGGAACGCAACGUCUACACAAACUCAUCAGACCCCUUAUUUUUCGGGAUACCAGGACCGAGUCUCGUACCUGUUCAGGUCGGGCCAGGUCUCUUGGCUUACCCCAGCAAAAUGCCGAUGGCGUACCUAUCCGAUAGCGAGGGAGCAGCAUGUUCCGUAAGCCAGGAAUGGUUGCCCUCGUCCGUCGAGGGCCUGCGACGCACGUACUACUGUUCUGGGGACGAGGGACUCCAUGUUGACCCCGUGGGUGACCAGAAUCUAAGUAUGCGAGCUUGGGUAUUACAGGAGCGGCUGUUAUCCCACCGGACGCUUCACUACGCCGAGGAUCAGAUGUACUGGGAGUGUCAUAAACAUCUCCAAGCCGAGGACGGCGCUCGGUUCCCGACGAGCUCUCGCUCAUUUCCCGGGCGGGGAGAGCUACCGCUGGGAGACACUUACAUGAAAGACGAGGGCCAGUGGUGGGCACUAGUAGAGGAUUACGCAGUCCGCCAUUUGACCCGCGGCACCGACAAGCUACCCGCCAUAGGAGGUCUUGCGAAAGCAAUUGCUCGGAACACGGGCGACACGUAUCUUGCUGGACAUUGGCGGAGGUCGCUUCUGCCGAAACUUCUCUGGAGGAUCAGGAUGAGUCAACCAACGCAUAACUGUGCCAACCCUGACCAUCACGAGGAGGCCAGGCACGCUGCGUGGAAGUGGAAGGGGACUAGAUUCGCUGGUUAUCGCGCGCCUUCGUGGUCUUGGGCUUGCCAUGUCUUUUCGGUGCAGUUCACGAAUUCAUCCAUGAUUGGACGCGAGUUGGCGGAAAUUCUGACGGCUGAAGUGUCCCCUUUGGGUAACGACCCAUUCGGGCAGGUGAAGUCGGGGUUGAUCAAGUUUUGGGCACCAUUGCUAGAACUGCACCCGUCGAAGCCCGAAAGCCCUUUUGGAAAGGGGAAAUACAAGUAUGAACCAGAUUACGUCGACUUUCAUAUCCCUGGCACCCCAAGUGGAAGAGGACGUGCACUCUUUGAUUUCGAGCCCGAGUUUCCAUGUUGGGCACUUGUCUUGACAACCGAGGCUGGGCUUCUCGUCAAGGAGGGAUCUGAAAAAGGAGCAUAUCAGAGAAUAGGGAUGUUGGCUUUUAAUCUACCGGACUCGCUGGAGCAUGAGACGGCAUACACCACGGCAGAGAACAGAUCAGGAUUAUGGAAGACCGUUACACUGACGUAGACCGGGAGUUAGAGCGAUUUGAGGAAGCUCCCUCGAGCACUAAGCCUUCUCUACCUGCCCUUCGUUUUGUCUCGCUCUUUGUAGUUUGGGAUGAGAU